AUGUCGGUGACCGAGGAGUGGAAAUACAUUUCCCUGAGAGGUUCGCAAGCUGCUCCUGAUUUCUCACGGCGGUUGGUUUCCUUGAUUUCUGCUUUCUCGGCGUGUCGCAUUGCCGGUUGCUGCCUGGAGAUGGCUAAUAUUUGUUUGCAAUGCGGCGAUAUCGGUCUUAGUGUGGCUCUUGUUUACUGCGUUAAGUGCAGAAGUGCUGCAAGGCAUAGCUAUUGCCUAGAAGAAGUACCUGAAGAUCUUGCUGCAGAAAUCAAUUGGUUAUGCGAAGACUGCGUGAGUGAGCCUCUUUUUUCUGCCAGCAAGUCAAAGUUUCAUCCGCCUACUUCUCUGGGGAUAGUCAAUGAUGGAGUGCUAAAGGAUCCUUUUUUGGAGAUUGGUUCUGCUAAUGAUUGUUUGGCUAAUCCUGAAGAUCAGAAUCCAGUUUCUAAUGUUAUUUUUGGUUCAGUUGUGGAUCUGAAGGAUCUGGACAAUCAAAUCUCCGGCAACUUAAAAAAGACGACCUUAAGUUGCACGGUCAAUGAUGCCUUAGGUACUGAUAAGUUUGAUAAUUCUCAACCUCUCGUUGAGGCUCAAGGUACUGAUAUUCAGUUUGCAGCUAAAAGCGCACCUUUUAUCUAUGUUGAAGCUUCUGAAAAUCUUAUAAUAGGAGGUACCUCUAACUGCGACAUUUGUGGAUUAGGAAGAUCAUCCGGUGGCUUUGGGCGAGAAGAAGAUGAAAUUGAUGAGUUUGAGAAGGAAGGGUCAAAGAGGAAAGGAUUGAAUUUACCAGGUGAGGAUGAUUUACUCGGUUCUCAUCCUCUUGUUAAUGGAGAAGGAACCGAUCUUUCAUUACCAGUUAAAAGAAUGUCGAGCACUUCUUCUGUGCCUUCUGAAGGUCAGAUAAUAAGGACUGGUUGUAACAACGGAGAAGAAGAACUAGAACAACAUGACAAGAGAAAUUCAAAAAGUAGGAGAUUGAUUCUGCAUACUAACAAUUUUUAUCCUCUAACUGAUAGUCAAGUUACCAGCAUUUCAUUCGUCAAGAAAAAAUCGUCUGGUGCUCCUGUCAAACAAGCUGACAGGCCUACAGGGACAAGCUUAAACAAUGACACUCAUCCCUUAGAUGCUAGAAGAUCAUCUGCCUGCUUAACCCUAAAAAUAGAUGAAGUAGAGAAAUGUGGAAGGGGAAGUCCAGAGAGAAGAUCAAUUGUACCAUACAAUGAUGGCCAGGGUACCAUUUCAUCUGCUGUUGAAGGGAUAGUUUGUACUUCUAUUGAGCCAUCUGACAACAAAGCUUCAAAAAGGACCUCAAGCUUCGGAACCAAUUCAUUAGCCGUGGUAGGAUCAUCCACCUGCUUUAGGCUAAAAGAAAGUAAAAUUACAUCGGGCGCUAUGAGAAGGAGAAAUAGAAAAAUGAGGUUAAGAAGAAAAAAAUUGAUUCAACAGAUUAAGGAUGGCAGACAAAAUUUUUACCCUGCCAUUUUUCAUAAACAUAACAAUAUUCCAGUGGUAGCUAAAAGAUUACAGGGUAUUCCUGUGGAGGCAUCGAACAAACAGGUUAAUAGAUACAGGAAGGAUCAGUCAGAGAGCAGGAAUUUGAUUCUAAGAACAGAGGCUGAAUCAAACAGUUUGUGUCCCGUGAUUGAUAGACGAGGUACUAAUACGAAGUUUGCAGCUGAAAGAUUACCCUGUACUUCUGUCGAGCUUCCUAGAAAACCCUCUUUUCCUGUUUUUUCUCAUAUUUGGAGAGGAUACUUCAAUAUUGACAAUGUAGAAUUGGGCCCCUUGAGUGCUCAUCUUUCUAGUAGCGCAUGCUUAAAGGUGUGCAACUUAGCUAAAGAGUUGCCUUUGAUUCUUCACAUGCAGAAGCUUCCAAGGUUGGUUGCUUGGCCGAAUAGUUUCAAGGUUUCAUCCCCAACUGAUGAACAUGUAGCCCUUUACUUCUUUCCUGGAUCAUACAGGGGUGAAACUGUACUUGAUGAGCUUGUGGAUGAUAUCAUCAACAAUGAUUUGAUGUUGAGGUUUGAGUUUGAUGAAGUCGAGUUGCUCAUCUUCUCCUCCUUCGUGCUGCCACAAGACCAUCAAAGGUUCUAUGGAAAAUAUUAUCCAUGGGGAGUUUUCAAGCCAAAAGUCGGCAAUUUACCAGCAGAUCCUCCUACUGGGUAUCAAGUGGUUAAAUCUUUGAAUCCUGUGAGAAUAAAUGAAGUGGAGGACAUUAACGAUGGGUCAUGCAAUCACUCUGCCCAAGAAAGCAAUGAUUUUACUUUGAUUAGAUCCUCGAUUCAACCAGGAGAAGGAGAGUUAGGGGUUACUUAUGAUUCAAUGGAGGAAGGAGAGUUCCGACCACUUGCUGAAGAGAAAGAGAGAAAGUUGAUAUAGUGAACUCGAGAUUAAUGUUGAGGGCCUUUACGUUUUGAUGAAAAAUACAUCGAUGGUGGUUAACGACGGUUAAGAAUUGAAAAAUCUAGAUGAAGUCACCGUAUUGCAGACUUGAUAUCUCUAAAACUUACACUGUCAAGCUGUUUUCAUCAUGUGGAAAGCAAGGUCAUUGCUACUUUGAGCUCGGUCAAGGGAUAUAUUGAUCUAAGUUGGAGCUAAAAGAAGUUUUGAUUCCUCUCUUUUGGUAAUUUUGAUGGCUAAAUCAAGAGGGAGGGAGGUAUGCU